AUGGAGAGCGUGUCUGAGGAUAUUGCUAACAUGGAUUGUGACAUUGAAGUUGUUACCUCAAAAAUGCUUUCUGAAUGGGAUUGGAAGACGCAGGAAAGGGCUUUUGGGAACGGGCAUGAUUCUCUUGAAUCCACAUCACCAGAAUCAUCAUUCGAUUCAAUGUGCUCUUCGCCCGAGAUGUCCUCAAACUCAACUAGGCAUCAAAGCUUCGGAAAUGUAUCCUAUGGUUUAACAGGACACAGCCCAAACCCGUGCGCAACGUUGAAACAAAUCAAACCGAAGAUGUCGACCAAGAGACGCAUGAAGGCGAGCGAGAGGGAGAAGAUGCGAAUGAGGAGCCUAGCAGAAGCUUUGCACCAGCUCCGCGACUACUUGCCUCCAGAUUACAGUAAAAGGGGACAACCUCUGACCAAAAUUCAAACUCUCAAAUACACCAUUGAGUAUAUAAAUGAACUUUCGGACAUCCUCAACCACGCAUAAUGAUGUGCUGAAAGAUGGCCACGUUUUAAAUGAUGCGUAACGGGGCCAAACUAUUUGGUAUUAGGUGUGGACCAUUGUCAAACCUUUUGUGUUUGGAAAACUAUUUUUGGUUUGUUAAUUUUGAUACUGGUGCAUUGUGGAUGAUAACUUAAUUUCUCAUAUUGUAUUUAGAAUUGUUCUGCCCCUCAUCUGAUGUAAAUAAUUGUUAUUAUGUGGGGACUUGACUUGACCAUGUAAUUUUCUUGUA